AAUUAGAUAGAACGAAGCUACCGACCUCGCGACAAGAAAUUCACUUUUAAUCUCGUUAUCGUCCACGAAAGAUUAUCCUUUGGACGUUUUACGUUAAAAUUGCGUGUAAUGAAAUAUUCAAGAAAAUAGGAGAACGAAAAAGGAAAAGAGAGGAGAGAGCGCGCGCAAAAAAGAGAGAGAUAGAGAAAGAGAGAGAGAGAGAGAGAGAGAGAGAGGGAGGAAGAGAGAGAGAGAGAGAGAGAAAGAACAAGAAAAAGAAAAAGAUAGAAGGAAUCGGAAUUACGAUGGUCCAUUGAGCAAAGUCCCUAAACGAUGAUCGUACUCUGCCUAUUCCAGAGUGCACAUAUGUGUAUGCAUGACGUACGCGACAGUCGUAUACUUCAAAAAGAUGGAUUUUCUCUCGUAUCAGCUCGAUUAAAGGAUCUCGCCGAAGGUCUACCUUCGUAAAGAGAAGGAACGAGUUCGCGUAGACUCGAACUCAACGACGAUAGGAAACGUUAGACGAAUUGUAGAUUCGAUCGUUACUCAAAAAAGUGUGAAAGUGUGCGUCGCGAUCGGAUCUGCCAUGAUAGAUCCGAACGCGUCUUCGCGGCGCCCGAAAAUAGUCGAGAAUCAUUGGGAAAAUGCGUGAAUACUGCUAUAAGGAGCGUUCCUUCGUGUAAAAGUCAGGAUUGCAGAAUGGUGGUAGAUUGCUUGUCAAUCCAAGGCUCAGCAGCUGCAGCACGGAAGCAGGAGCGAAGGCUAGGUGGAUCUGUUAGUGCAAAAAUGCAAUCAAAUGCCCUUAAUAACGGGGGUGGAGGUGGAGGUGGAAUGACACCAAAAGAACUUUCAGAUAACGAUGACCUAGCUACUUCCCUCGUGCUAGAUCCAUAUUUAGGAUUUACCACUCACAAGAUGAAUAUAAGAUAUAGGCCGCCCAAAGCAAACAAAGAAGACUUACGCAAAAUUAUUUGUGAAUUUAUCCAAACUCAAAAUUAUGAAAAGGCUUAUAAAAAACUUAUGGGUGGAGAUUGGGGGGCAAGGCUUCCACACACUAAAUCCAAACAGCAGCAGAUCAAUUUGGAGAAACAUAUUUAUCGGUAUUUGAGAGUUUUCGAUAAGGAUUCUGGAUUUGCCAUUGAACCAUGUUAUAGAUAUAGUUUAGAAGAGCAAAAAGGAGCAAAGAUAUGUGCCACUCGUAAGUGGUUGAAGCAUGAAAAAAUAUCUUGUCUUGUUGGUUGUAUCGCAGAACUUAGUGAAAAGGAGGAAGCUGCACUACUCCACCCAGGGAAAAAUGAUUUUUCAGUGAUGUACAGUUGCAGAAAAAAUUGUGCACAAUUGUGGUUAGGUCCUGCUGCAUAUAUAAACCAUGAUUGCAGAGCCAAUUGCAAAUUUGUAGCUACUGGUCGAGAUACCGCGUGCGUCAAGGUACUACGAGAUAUCGAAAUAGGUGAGGAAAUAACUUGUUUCUACGCAGAAGAUUUCUUUGGAGAUGGAAAUUGUUAUUGCGAAUGUGAAACAUGCGAAAGAAGAGGAACCGGAGCAUUUGCCAGCCAGAAACCUGGAGAAGAACUUUCUUCUGGAUACCGCUUGAGAGAAACAGAUAACCGCAUCAAUAGAACAAAGCAUCGACAGCAACCAUUGGGUAGAAAUAAACAACAAGCUGAUGGUGCUUUAACUGAAAAAAAUGCAGUCCUUGUUGACAAUGCAGCUAUUGCACCGCAAUCUCUUAGUAUGAAAGAAUUGCGACGCAAGGGACUUACGAAGUAUGACGCGGAACUUUUGAUUGCGCAAGGUUGUAGAUUUUCAGAUAUUGCUCAACAGCAACCAUCGAUAAAUAACGGAGAAAAUGUCUUGCAAACUUCUCGACCUCAUCCCUAUACAAGUACUAAUUCUGUGACAAGAAAUCUUAGGAACAAGGUUCAACAUAACAAAUGUGAAAACAACGGCAAUGAAAGAAAUGUAAAAACUGGUCAAAGUCUUAGAGCUUCCAGGCUUCAAAAGAGAACAGAAUCCAAAAGAUCAAAGAAUAAUGAAAAAACUGAGUCUACCUGUUUGGACGUACCUAUAGAAAAAACUUCAGUAGAAUCAAGUGAUCAUAAAGAAGAACUGGAUAGAACAAUAGCAAAUAAAGAAACCGUGUAUUCGAGAGUGCCGAAACAUCAUGUCCAUAAUACAUCAUCUUCGUCUCCGAAUUUUGAGUCUGAUCUUCGAAAUUCAAUUCGCAAUGCAUCAAAGCAAUUAACUUCCUCUGCCUUUCAGAAAGAAUGUUCUGUUAGAUUAAUUGUUGGAAAUACGAGACAUACAAGUAACGAUAACGUAGAAGAGAAAGGAAUACCUAAGCUUGCGAUAGAAGUUGAUCCAAAUAUUAUAAGUAAUAUUGACACUUUCAGUUAUAAAAAAAGACAUUAUAGUACAAAUUCCUGUGAUUCAGUUCAAGUAAGUUCCACAUCCCUGCCUCACGUUGAUCAUAUAAGUGCCACAAAUAAUCAUGAACCAGCUUUACAAAAUACAAAUACAUCUAACACUUUUUGCUGCACUUUAGCGAAUACGCAAAAUGUUAAUGAAAAAGGCAACCACUGUGAAACACCUGAAAAAAUAUCUAAUAAUUGUAUUAAUAAGUUAACAAAAUGUUCCAAAUCAGUGUUAGUAGAUGAGGUGAAAGAUGAUAGUAAUGUUGUAUAUAAUGAAUUUCCUCAGGAGCUCAAUUGUUAUAAUUCACCGAUAUAUAGAAAAAUUCCUCGGAAUAUUGAUUUUCGAGGAACCAGUAGAACACCUUCUAUUUCGUGUGAAAUCAGAUCUGAUGAUGAGUGUCACAAAAUGGAUACUGCAAGUAUAAUAAUAGUGGAUAAAUGUGAUAGAGUGAAAGAAAAGGUGGAAAAUCUUGUGAGUGAUCCAACGAAUACUUCUGUUACUGUUGGAUUUUGUGAACUUGAUACCGUUAAAGAUACUGCCAAUAUAAAGAGUGAUUGUGAAAGUGUUCAAAUGUCUUGUAAUGCAGUUUUGGAUCAUACAAAUGAGCUUGAUCCGAAAGGCAAUAUGUAUUUUAAAAAUAUUAAAAACAAAGUGGAUAUAAAACCUGAAGACUGUGAAAUACCUGAAGUCAGUACAACAGACAGUGAAUCUAAACUUCUAAUGGCAAAAGAAAUUAGCACAAACUUAAGUAGAAUUGAAGAAAAUGACUGCAAUGCGAGUGUUAAUGAUACAAAUUCUGAGGAUAGUUGUAGUUUUACAAUGAAAAGAUCCACGCAUCAGCAAAAGGAGAUAACAGACAUGCCGUUAAAAUCACGAAAGAGUCAGAAAAGUACAAAACGUUCUCCAAAAUCUCGAUUCAAUGAUAUUGUAAAUGUUACACAAUGUCGUACGGAAGAUAGUGCAAAUACAGUGGCAGCAAAGAAUUGUGCUAAAACGGAAAAAGAAAAAAGUAGACUGACAAGGAGUCAAAGGAGGGAUCAGCAAAGACCACAGACUUCUGAAAUUGGAGUAGCGGAUGAUGAUUCAGGCAUACAGGGUGAUAUAUAUGAAUUUAGUGAAAAAGAAAGUAACUUGGAGGAUAUUGGUAUACCAUCAAUAAUACGACGCGGUAAAUGUGAAAAUCGUCAUAUAUCUGGAGUUUCGUCGCAUUUACAAGAAGUUCAGUGUAAUAACGAAUAUAACAAAACUGAUCCUCCGAUAUUGAUGCCUGAAGAGCCAUGGCCUCCGUCUAGUAGUCUGAGUCAUUCAACAGAAACAGAUAUCAGUAGCCAAUCAAGGGAAAACUCUGUUGAUGUUGGUGAGAGUUUGAAAAGAUUGACUGUUUGCAACAAUGGUAGUAUAGAAAAAAGAUCAACGUUAUCCGAGUGUCAAUGGCAGACUGAUACUAGUAAUUGUCGAGUUUGUCCUACAACUCCUGAAAGAACUGGUGGUAGAUUAAAGCUCACAUUACGUAUGAAACGUUCUCCAGUUUUGGAUGAUAUUGUAGAAUCAGGUACUAGUCUAAGUGAAGACAGUUAUGAACCUGAAUACGAAGUAUUACGCGUUGAAGGAGUGGAAAGAAGUAAACGGCGGAAGAAACAUAAAACUCGGGAUCGAGAAAGACGGCACAAGAAACGCGAAUUAAAUCUUGAUCCGCCUCCGCCACCUAUGAAAAGAUUAAGAUUAAUUUUUGGAAAUGAAACACACACUAUUGAUCUGCCACAUUCUUAACAGCUAUAAAAUUCAUUGUGUAUACACCAUCAUUGAUUAUAACAGACUAUUAUUAUGAUUAUAAUUAUGCACGAGAGUUUAAGCCUCCUUGUCCUUUAAGACUUCAUGACUAUUGUUUAUGAUUUAUUAUUAACAAAGGAGAAAAUGAUCUAUUAGUAUUGUCACAUUUUCCAUAUUUCCGAUUUUCCUUAACUUCCUAAUUUAUUCCUUGUUCUUUUAUAAAUUAAAAUGUACUUAUUCCUAUAACAACGAAUAGCUAAAGGCCUAGUAAUGUUCUCCAAAUAUGGUUAUAAAUUGAACAAGAUAUGAUGUUGGUUUUAUAUAAACAAAAGAAAUAUCACCUAUAAAUUCCAUGUGUGAAACAAAAAUUGGCCAAUUAUAUCAGAUCGUAAGAUUAGUCCAUAACACAUAGAUAUUUGUGCAAAAUAAUUUCAUAUAACUACAUAAAGAUAUUACACAAAUAAAAUGACUUGCUAAUAAAAAUGAUCAUAAUUUAGAUGAA